CCGCUGGCGUAACCACUUGAGGGUGAGAGCACAAAUGCGAGGAUGUAAGGGCAACCUCGAGACCCAAUCUCAGAGUUCUGGCAAGGGAGAAUCCAAAGUGAACAAAUGUGGUAGCUAGGUACAAGACCGGCAUGCCUGGCAAGGGAGAAUCAAAAGAGAAACCCUGUUGGGGAUUCUCCUUGCUAGGCGUCACUAUUGAUAUGAUACAGGAAUAAUAGACCGCGCAGCAACAAACAAGAACAAUAGGAACAAUAAGUACAAUGGCCAUGACAGAACAAUAGGAACAAUGGCACCACCUGCCAUCAAAGAGAAGUGCUUGGCGCGGCGGCCCAGGCUGCUGCGCGUGACAGCUGACAGGUCACACAAGCACAAUCACAUGCCAGAUCCCAGCCAGAUUGGUCCAAAGCGGGGGUUUCCCUGACAGAGGACUAACAUCUAGCAAGUGGGACAAGCACACAAAGACGGCACUCUAGAAGGACUGAACAAGUGAAAGAUACUUGCCUUAGCAGAGGGAGUAGUUCAAUGUUUCUUGAUCUGCCGCUAGUGGUUCAGGUGGGGCCCAUAACUUGUC